AUCACAGAUGUCGCUGCCGAAGAAGUGGCUCAGUACCCAGGUCUACGGCACCGACGACGAAGACUUCCAGUAUGUGCAAGUGGCCAAACUGCCCGUGCCGGAACUGCAGCCGACCCUGGACUCGUAUCUGCAGUUCGCGGCGGUGGUCGUGAGCCCGCAGCAGCUGGAGAAGACACAAGAGCUGGUGAAGAGGUUCGCAGAGGACCUCGGCCCCAAAAUGCAGGAGAAACUUGUGGAAAGACAAAAAGAAAUGAUUAACUGGGUGACGGACUGGUGGCUGGACGACAUGUACCUGAAAGUCCGUGCGCCACUACCUAUCAACUCAAACCCCGGCAUGGUGUUCCCAAAGAGGCAGUUCGCAAAAAUCGACGAAGUUGCUGAUCUAGCUGCUCUAUACAUCGAUGACUUACUCGAUUAUAAGGAAAUGCUUGACAGAGGCGAAUUACCACAAGAGCGAGCAACGAGUCGCGAGAAAGGUCAACCGCUGUGCAUGGAGCAGUUCUACCGACUUCUGGGCGUGUGUCGCAUACCAGAGGUUGGCAAGGACCGCUUGGAGCUGCCUCAGAGACCUGGCGAUGCUGCGGAAUGUGAAGAGUUGGUGAUCGUUGCCUGCAGAAACUAUUUCUACCCGAUUCCGGUGAAGGCGGCUGACCGAGGACGUCUAACUCCUGGAGAGAUACAAGCUCAACUUCUCCAUGCGAUGGUGGACGCUGCAGGAUCCCCUCCCGCGCCCAGGGUCGGGAUACUGACCACUAUGAACAGGGACCAGUGGGCUAAAGCCAGGGAACAACUUAUUAGAGAUGAAAACAACCGGGCCAAUCUGGAGUUGAUGUCUCGCGCGCUGUGCAUCAUGUGCGUGGACGAGGCGGGCGGGGACAGGCCGGAGCUGGACGCCGACACCAACGCGCUGCUGCGCGCCAUGCACGGCGGCGGCACCCGGCACCACUCCGCCAACCGCUGGUUCGACAAGACUGUGCAGUUGAUCAUAUCAUCGGACGGUACAGUGGGCAUGUGUUACGAGCACAGUCCAGCAGAGGGCGUGGCAGUCAUACGACUGGCCGAGAGAGCUCUCGCUAGAGCCGAAGUGUCGGAUAGACCGGCACCUCCACCGGUGCUGCUGCCUGCGCCGCAGCCGAUGAAGUGGAACCUUACCGUGGACUUGCAAAGGACUAUUGAGCACGCUGCAAGGGAUUUCGAUCGCACCAUAUCAAACCUAGAUCUGAAGGUGUACACGUAUCGCAACUACGGGCGCGAGUUCAUGAAGUCCUGCCGCACCAGUCCCGACGUCUACAUACAGCUGGCUAUGCAAUAUGCUUACUACAAGCUGUACGGCUACCUGGUGUCGACGUACGAGUCGGCAUCUCUCCGUCGCUUCCACAACGGGCGCGUCGACAACAUUCGGUCGGCGCACAGCGCGGCGCACGCCUGGGCGGCUGCCAUGUGCACUGCUGACACCCCUCCGCAGGCUGAUGAGGAUGGCCAGAGGAAGGUCUCCUUCAACUUAUAUGGGGAGCAAAAGAAGCUGGAGUUAUUCGAAGAAGCGGCUCGCAAGCAAACAGUUAUAAUGGAAGCCAACAUCCUGGGCCGAGGUAUCGACAACCACCUGCUGGGGCUUCGGGAAGCAGCCAGGGAGACCCUGGGCGAGCUGCCCGAGAUGUUUACAGACUCGACCUACAGUCGCAUGAUAGAGUUUAAACUAAGCACCAGUCAGGUAGCAACAACAACGGAUGGUACAUUCAUGGGCUACGGCGCCGUCGUCCCCGACGGGUACGGCUGUAGUUACAACCCAAAGAAAGACUCUGUCAUCUUCUGCAUCUCCUCCUUCAUAUCUUCCAGCGUGACCAACACGGAAGCCUUCCGACAGGCACUAGAAGAAGCCUUGGACUCCAUGAAACUGAUGUUUCAGAACCGUAAAACUGAGAGCUAAAUAUUAAUAACUUAUUAUUGGUAAAAGAGUUUGUGAGGUAUCAGUGGCGUAACUAUAACUUGGAAAAUUCGUUGAAGACACUCCCAUGAUAUGCGGGCGACGGAGGGGAAAUAUUACGCUUGGUGUGAAAUCGUGCUUGCGGGGAAGUAAGGGAGUGUUACGAACGAAUUUGCCAAGCUAUAUUUGGUGGCAGCUGCUUUAGCCAUGUUACAUAACGAUUCUCUUUCUAAAAUCGCUCACGGUUCGAAAAUUUAAAAUAUGUAGCUAUGGGACUGAAAUUCGUUACGAUACUCCAUUAGCAACGUUAAGCGUUUCCCUGCCUUGGCUGGCAAAAAGUCAGGGCCCAUGGCUCGAAGGGGCCCGAGAGGCCAAGCGCUCUCGCCCGAGAGAGUAAUCUAAUUUUUAAAAAAAUGUGACGAUUUUCUGGUACAUAUCCAAUUAUUUCGCCACAGGCCUCAAAUGGUAUAGUUACGCCAAUGAAAAUUGAUAUUUAUAUUUAUCUACACUUUCAUUCAUUCGUUAUGGCUGUUAAUCAAAAAAAUGUGCAACUAUCCGGCAUCUUUACAUAUACCUACGUCUACUUUAUAAAUUUUAUCAAAUUAAAUGUUGUAGGAACUUCGUCAACAAUGCAAAUUGAAUAAAAUUAUUUUAAUGAAUAUAUUAUAUAUUAUAUUAGAAAUAGCAUAUUUAUACCUCUAUCUAUAUAAAUGUUACAUUGUAUUAUUUAUUAUUGCAUACUUUUAUGUAAUGUUAGAUAUAAAUAAGGAAACCUUUUAAAAUUUUAAAAUAUCUGCGUGUCUUCGUAGUUCUAUUAUAUAUGAUAAAUGUCUAUAUCCAAUAAGAUAAAUGUAGUCUAUUGUUGAGAAAGAAUACAAUAAGGAACUUAAGCUAACUUAUCCUAAUAACUAUACAAAUCAUGCCCACGUGGAAUGGUGGCAAGAAUACUGGCUGCAUUUCCGCGCUGGACAGCCAGGCUGAUCCUUUGCGCAAAAAAUGAGCCAGCCCUUCUGUCACCAGUCGAGGCAACAAGCCGCGGUGAAAUAGUACGGAAAAAUUUUUUGGCACUGCGACUCCAUGGCCCAAGGGUCUCCACGGCAAAAGGUACAAAUAUGUAACUCUCUGUCAGAGAGGCAUACUUGAGCCACUUACCGGUUUCAGCUUUUUCUGCUGCGGCUCCCGGUCUUGAUUCUGUCUCCCUGAUAUGACACGGUGCUAAUGUGUCGACGCAUGUAGCGUCCCACAUUAGGGCCCGCCCCAUUUCCCAGGGAACCAGCGUCAAUCCAUCAGGUCUCUUGCCAUCAUCCCGACUGAUUCCUAACGGCUCGAUUAGCGCAGGAAUAUUUAUGGUGGCAAGAGCCCUUUUUAUAAAGAUAAAUUAUAUAUACCUAAUAGUAUAUGUAUAAACUGUUUAAAAUAUAAUUAAUGAAACUAAACAUAUCAUUUGACGACUGAAUCUUGUCAAAGCAAAUUUUCUUGUUUACAAAGAAACGAGUUUAGCUUCGAAAUAAAUAUUUAUCGUUGUAUUACAUGUAACUUUUAUAGGCGAUUUAUAUAUAUUAGGGUCGCCAUAAUCUCUUACAUAUCUAUAUAAGUAAAUUUUUAUAAACUCAUAAAUAUACAUAUCAUAAUCAAAUUAAAACUGUAAUUUAAUUUGAGAGAUUUCCAAUUUGAGUCAAUCACUAAACAUAAGUAAUUUGGUAGUAAAUUUAAAAAAAUAUAUUACAUGGGUACUUAAAUAAGUAAACGCGCAAAUGUAUCAUUUAUUUAUAGACUUACUCGUUAAAUAUCAAAAAUGGACCUACCAACUUGAAAUAUCUUACCUUUUAUAUUAAAGCAUAGCAUAUUAUGUAGAUCUACAAUGUAGGAAAAUUAAUGAAUCAAACUCAGAAUACAGACAUAUUCUGAGGAAUCAAAUAGAACAUUUUAAUAAGUUAAAGGCAUUAUUUUUAACUGCGAUUCACGAUUUUUUAUUUUUCCAGACAUUUUCGUGAUAACAUCAACGAUGAUUUAACGUUAAUAUUGAAACGUUUGAUUAUUUAUUGUUGAUUACCGACACUUAUUCAUUGAUCAACCGUUAAAAUUAACUGAUCAUGAAAUUGAUUAACAAAAAAUCUAUUUCAGUAGGUAGUUUAGAUUUUUGUUUAUAUUAUUUAGACCCUAGUCAAUAAUAUUUAGGUGCAAAAUCUUAUUUAAAUAACACUAUAAAUUACCAACAAUUAUUAUUAACUAGGUUGGUACUACUUUUGUAGUUGUUUAAAAUAAGUUAAAUUUUAGAUUUUUAGCUCAGUGUUAGCUACAAUAGGUAAUAUUAUAGUUGAAAUUUUAAUGUUGUAGCAAAAAAAAUAAUAUAAAGCUGAAACAAAUAUUUUAUAAUCUAUUGCCGUGGCUUAAGUCUUAUGCUAUCAUUGUUAAUACUGUCGGUUAUUUUUUGUAUAGAAUUAAUUGCUUUUGUAUAUUCUGUAUAUCAUUUUUGUAUGUAAUUCGAUUAUUUCGUUUAAUAUAUCUACAAACUUAAAUUAGGUACAUACUCUUACAUAGUAGCUAUGAAUUCCAUUUAUUAGUUAUUAUUUUUUAAUUAAGUUAUAUGUUGGUACCUUGUAGGUACACAGGUUUUUUAAUCUAUUAAUUGAAUUAAACAAGUAGGUACCUAUAAAAAGAUAUCCUAUAAAAACUAGUAUUGAAUACGAAAUUCCUAUCCAUAUAUUUUAUACAUUGUUGAAAUUUAAACACAUUGCAAUAUAGGUAGUUGGGAAUAUACUCAUAUUUUAUCAUAUUGUUAUAUAAAAAAGUAAUACUUAGUUGACUGCAAAGAAUAACAUGAUAAACGAAUGCCUAAUUAAUUAGUUAUGGCUGUUUUCAUUGGUCAUUAUGAUCCGCGUGCAUGUGCGGAAGAUGUUAUUGUUUACGCAUGUUAUGAGAAAACAUGCAAGAACGUUUUCGUAGUUCAAAUUCAAAUAUUUGGCCCGCAUGCGAAGUGUGGGUAAUAUAUGCUGCUGAAAAGUAUGCGAAUACUGCGUUAACUGUUUGAUGAGGCUACAAACGCAACAUUUAUUCAACAUUCGGGGAGUCCCAGAAUGCGGGCUAACGAUCGUUUUUCGACCACUAUACUAUGAAUUAGUAUUUUGACGUGAUCUCACUAUUUAACAAUUUUGGUAUACCUAAUUGCUAUAAUAAAAAAUAACUUUCUAGGUAUUAUAAAUUGUAAAGCAGAAUCUAAUGUAAGUAAUAUAUUAUUAGAUAUAAAAUGUAGCGUAUAAAAAUACGCAAAACUUAGUCAAUGCUGUGGUGAUAACAUAACUAUUAGAAAUGUAUUUAAUAACUACAUCUUAGGCAUGUAAAUUAGAUUUGCUUGUGAAUCAUUCACAUUGCUUUUUAAUACAAAUGUUUAUUAUCAUUGAAUAUUUUAUUAGUAUGGUAUUAAUUUAUUUAGACCUACCUGUUAACAUUUCUAGAUUUGUUGUUAUCGAUCUUCUAAAAGAAUUUCUGCAGAUUUAAAUGUGGUAUCAGAAUAGGUAUUACCUAUUUAAAAAUAUAUCAUAAUGGAAUUUAAUAAUAUGAACUAAAAUCAAAAUGUAAUUCUUCAUAUUUUUUAUUUGAUGCUUGCUUAGAUCUUUAUCUAUUUAUAUAAAUCAUUUCAUAAUUCAAAGGUAGCUAUAACUUAAUGUCUUUAGAGUAUUGAUGAAUAUUUUUAUUUAUGUGAUUGGUAGGUUCGUAUUUUAUGCUGCAUAGUAGUUUACUUACUCAAUAAUUUUUAUUUUAUAUAAAAACAUAAUCAUAUAAAAGUUAUUGAAAAUUAGUAUUAUAUUUAUAGUUCGUUAUAAAAUAAUAUAUCCUAUUUGUGUGUAGAUAACGCGGAUAUGCGUAAUGGUAUAGCCAAAUGGAUAUCAAACAAUAUUCGGCCUGAUGUUGAAGAAAAGGACCUAGGUAUCUAAUUGUUCCGUAGGCAAACCGAAAUUGUUAUUACGAUAUUUAUAUACCCAUUAUGGCUAUAACAUUAUUAUCAUAUCGGCAGUGGCGUGCACAAUUUUUCAUAGCAGGUAAGCAUAAAUAUAUAAAUGAUUGGAGGAGGACAACCAUUAUUAAUGGUUGUACAAACAAACCCUGAGGGUAAACAGUGUUUUUGCAAUGUGGGGUGCACGGCACUGCCUAUUAGUAUAGACUUAAGUAAAUUUAUACAUAUCAAAAUGUCAAUCAUGUAUGACAUGACCAAGAAUAUCAAAAACAUAUCAAAAAAUUAGUAUUAAGAAAUCGAUACAUAUCAAAAUGUAACUUAUGAUAAAUAGUUAAUAAGCAUUUAAUUGUGUCUCUCUACGACAUUUUUAAUCAUAAUAUUUUUAGGUAUACCUACUUAUAUACUUACGUAAUUGAUUUAUUUUAUAAUGUAUUUAAUGAUAUCUACUUACAUUCAUUGCGUUAGAUAAUGCGUAUUUUAUAAUGAUUUAUCUAAAGUUAAAUAAAAAUUAAUACUUGAAUAUUUUAAAAGUACCUAUUUAGGUAUUUAAUUUAUAAUAAAAGUUAACGCAUUUGUAAUACGUGUUUAUGCAUUGAUGAACUGCGAUAGUCACUUUUUGUUCUAUAAACAAUUGAUUGAUUAAUUAAUUGAACUUUGUUCAUAAAAUAAUCAUUAUUGUUACAAAAUUAUGGCUUGAAGUUAAAUUUCAUCCGGGUAUUUUGCCUGUCAUAUAGUAUAUUCAGUUAAAAUUAGGGUACAUUUGAUAUUUACUAGGUUUAGAUUAUAAAUAAAAAUGUUGACUCUUCGCUACUUGGCAAUUUCGGCUGGUGAAAAUUUUUCAGGCCAUUAUCCUAAUCUUAGGUAAGUCAAUGUGUACAGGUAUUGAGAUAUAUACCUACUUAUGUGGCACAGACAUAAACACACACCAAUAUAAAUGUUGUAGCUGUCACUAAAAUGUAUUUACUAAGUAAAUAAUAGUAGUAACUAUUCUAGCGGUAGCGGUAAAUAUAGCUCAUUGAAUUUAAAAUAUAAGGCCAAUGUACCUAACGGUUUCCUUGAAACUAUAUACCUAUUUAACUAGUUGUGUAGUUUGAUAGGAAAGCCAAGCUUAAAAUGUUCCAAUGCAAUUUUUUCGCCAAUAAAUUCUAGUCAUACCUGUUUAAAAAAAAAUAAGAGGAUUUAUAUUUCUUGUUGAAAAUUAAAAAAAAAGAUGAUUUACCUUAUCUAUGAGUCUAUGUAUUAAUUAUUAUAUUAUUAAAAACUAAAAGUUUUAAUUUAUGUUAUCAUAUUUAUUAGGAAUUAAUUCGAAAAAUAACUUGUUCGAUACUUACCUAUCAGAGUAUAUAAAAAGCUACGACUUAACUGAAAUAUUACUUUUCAGUUCCAUUCUAAUAUGAAAAUGUAUUUAGAAACAUGCUUACGAGUUACUUUGUGUUAUUAAAUCAAUAAGACCGAAUAUAAAUUAUAGUAAUUUCUCAAUGACUAUUUUUUUAAAUGUCCUAUUUUAUAAAUUGAAGAUCUUUUCGUUUAAAAUAUUUAAAUUGAUAUUAAUUAGUGCACUAAAGUUUCAUUCAUUCAUUGUUCAAUUCAAUUUGUAACUGUAUGAUUAAAACGCUACUAGAGGCUGUUUAAAUUUUGAAUGUAGGUAAUAACCCUUAAUAUGUGUAGAUUAUUUUAUCUUGGCGCGUCAACUUAAUCAUAUAUUAUUGUGUAGUGUCUAUGAAUAUGCGCCAGAAUUAAUUUUCAGCGCUUUUAAUUUGCUGGAGCAAUGUAUGAAUGCCAGGUUAAAAUAAUUUACAUAUUAUAUUUAGGUACGUAUAGUAUGUGUCAAUAUUCUAGGCUGCUCUGAUUGGGCGGUUCUACGUGUUUCGAUGCCAGACAGAGCGGUUUGGAAGUUUGGUGCAUGCUGUAUGUUAAAUGUGUAGAAAUGUGGCACAAAUUGUAACGUGUUCGACUUCGUAGCAGGGAAUGUAAUGAAACAUAUCACUAUGUUAUAAGAAUGUAUCUAGGUAUUUGUGUCAAUUCGAUGUUGUUCACUAAUAAACUAUCAAACAAUUA